AUGGAGUUACUAGGAAUACCUUUCAAGAGGACAUUUCAAUUUAAUCUAGGUGAAAAACUUAGUGAACUCAUUGAUUCAACAUUUUACCAAACAUCCGAUACAUUUCGAAUUGAUUUGAACGAGAUAUCACAAUUAAGAGAUGAUGUUGCCUCGAACACUAAUAUUUCGUUGUCGCAAUUGGAAUUGUUAUACAAAUACUAUUCUGUAUUGAUUCAACUGCAGAAGAAAUUCCCAGAUGACCAAAUUUCAUUUGCAUGGUGUCAAACUCUCUCUACGAAAUCAAAUACUAAAGAACUCAAGUCUUUAGAAUGGGAGAUAUCUAAUGUUAUAUAUACUCUAGGUUCUAUGUACAGUUUGUUAGCUCGUGGAAUCGAUAUAUCCCUGGACAACUUGAAUACUAAAUACAAAUAUUAUCAAACCGCAGCAACUCUAUUUCAUGAUGUAUCACAACAAAAUCAACAUACUGCUGCUGUGGAUAAGGACACUGCAGAUGCAUUAUGGCAUUUAAUGCUAGCGCAAGGCAUGGAAUGUUUUUGGUUGAAGGCAAUGAAAAAAGAAAAUAUUAAAGACUCGAUGCUUGCUAAAUUAUCAUCUCAAGUAAGGGUAUUCUACGAUAAGACAUUAUUUUCUGCAAAUAGAAGUCCCCUCAUUAAUUCUCAUUGGAUUGACCAUAUCAAGGGGAAAAUUAAAUAUUUUGAAGCUGUCACAUAUUAUCGAAUGUCAUUAGUUUUACAAGAAGCUCAAAAAUGGGGUGAGAUGGUUAGAAUUUUGUCUCAUUGUGUCGACUUGUUAUCUACUUGCAACUUAGAUACAGCAAAACAAUUUAUUGAAAUAGUUAGAGUGUUAUUAAAGGAUACUGCGAAGGAUAAUGAUUUUAUAUAUUUACAAGUUGUACCUGAAACGGUACCUCAAAUGGUAAAGCCGAUAAAUAUGAUUGAAUUAUUAGAUUUUUACAAAGUUAUGAAUGACGGAAUACAGCAAUGGUCUGGCAUUCGAUAUUUCAAGACUUUAUUACCAUUAGAAUUGAUCGAUACUUGUAAUGCUUAUAGUGAAAGACAAACGCAAUACGUUAUGGAGCGUAUAAUUCAGCCAAUUCAAACUUUGAACAAACAAUUAGAAGAUAAAAGGACGAAUGUUGAAAAUUCCAGAAAUUUAACUGUGGUACUUAUAGAAAUGAAAGAUAUUACUAGUCUUGAAGCUUCCUUAAACAAUUUAAUUUCUGUGUAUGAAUCCAUUAACAGCAAACUUUCACUAAUGAAACAAACCUUAGAGGACGAGGCUGAAAGUGAUGCGACAUUACGUGCCACUCAUGGUUCAUUGCGUUGGACUUUACCAGUGUCAAAUGAAGUCAAUUGUGAGCUAUAUUCCAAAUUAAGCCAGAUAAAAGAAUAUCUUGAACAGGGGCAUAAAACAGAUAAUGAAACUAGAGAAGUACUUGAUAUGAUUGAUCGUGAUCUAUUAACGACCAACGAAAAUGAUUAUUUGAAGACAUCAAUGAGCAAGAAGAAUGAAGAUCCAUUAAUGAAAGAAAUAGGUGAUGUAGAAAAAAGUAGAGAUAUAUUUUUAAUGAAAACUCGAGAAAAGAUGACAACAAAUACAGUAUUAUUGAAGAUGAUCAAAGCAUACCGAUCUAAUGGUGAAGUUGUUGAUCAAAGCAAAUUGGAGACUCAGUUUCAAGAACAUUUAACUAUAUUUCAGAAAGAUCUUUCAAGGGUCUAUGAGGAAAAACAAAUCAAUGAAAAGCUAUUUGAACAAUUAGAAAUUUACUCGACGAGGUCUAAGUCAGAGGGGUCGAUGAAACGUCUUACUGCAAAAGAUUUGUACAACGAAGAGUUUAAUUAUUCGAUGGGAUUAUUAAGACAAGUACGAGAGAGUAUCAACAAUGGAACUCAAUUUUAUAAUGACCUAGUUACUUCUACGAAUAUGUUGCUAGCAGAGACAGAACAAUUUAGCGAUGAACGUAAAGUUGCUAAACGAACAUUGGAUACGCAAUUGUUGACUAUUUAA